UCAUCAAUCAAGCAUCUACUCAGCUCCAUUUGUUUCUUCUAAUCUCUCAUCCCCUAGCGUCAUUCGCAAGAAAAAAUGGCAAAAUUUUCCCGACUCACCUCUAAAAUACUCCAAGCCACGUUCUGCAUUUUGCUGCUAGCCCUCACCUUCGGUUGUGCCAGUUCAGCAAGAAUCCUUGAUGAAGUGAACCGAGUGGCUGACGCAUCAUCGGAAACAGAUGAUCCUGUUGUAGCUCCUGUGGUUGCCCCAGCUGCCACAUUGCCAAGUAACCAAUUACCAGCUACUGUCACUGCUCCUGAUUCUGACGUGGCGCCUGUAGCUGAUUCUUCCAUCCCUGCUGACACAGUGGCUCCUCCAGCAGAUUUACCAGCUGAACCUGAACCAGAUUCCAUCCCUGUUGUCGCCCCUGCUGCCUCUGUGGCUCCUCCUGCUGACUUACCAGACACUGGAGCAGCCCCCGUUGCCGAUGCAGCACCAGUAACUACCCCUGUCAGCCAAACACCAGGAGUGGCCACUGCAACCUCAGGUGGGGCCGCAGUAGAAAGUCCUGUCCUUGAGCACCCGACAUUCUCCUUUUUCAUGCAUGACAUCCUUGGUGGUUCACAGCCUUCAGGAAGAGUGGUCACUGGAAUUGUAGCCACUUCUGAUGCCAACAAUCUCCCUUUCUCGACAACCACCAAUCAAAUCUUCCCAAUCAAUGGUGGAGUUCCUUUGAACAACAUUAACAACGUUGUCAACAACAACAACUAUCCAUUCCUUGCAGGCCUAAAUGGUCAGCAACAAGCUAACACUGUCCUGCAAAACAGCGGAAACAACAAUGUAGUUAAUGGUGGUAACAACCAACCUUUUGUAACAGCCGGUCAGCUUCCUUCUGGCUUAUCGCUUCAGCAGCUCAUGUUUGGCUCUAUUACUGUCGUUGACAAUGAAAUAACCGAGGGGCACGAACUGGGAUCAGCUGUUCUCGGCAAAGCACAAGGAUUUUACCUGACAAGCUCUUCAGAUGGCACCAGCCACACUUUAGCCUUGGCAGCACUAUUCCAUGGAGAACACGAUCAUGAAGUGGAUGAUACCAUUAGUUUCUUUGGAAUUCACAGGACAGCCACACCAAUUUCGCACAUUGCCAUCAUUGGAGGGACUGGCAAGUAUGAAAAUGCUAAAGGAUUUGCCACCAUCGAAACUCUUCCUCACGUGGACCAACAUACAACUGAUGGAGUGGAGACAAUUACCCACUUUACUGUCUACAUCACCCCUUAAGCAGCAUGUCUUCUAGAUAAGGUGUUAACUCAACAUGUUUUCUGUAUUUCGGAAUAUUUACAUUAUGUACUUUGCAGCAUGUAAUUGAAUGGUUAAAUGUGUCGAUUAUAUUAUGAUCUAUAUCAGAGCUUUUUUA